GUUCGCAAUUUCUGCACAUGACUUGGUAAGCUUAUCCCACGGGUUUUCGAGGUCAGAUUUACGCCUGAACUCUUCCCUAUAUAACACGACGCGUCGAUUCUGUAUUACUCAAGUGCGACUCUCCCUGUCGGUCAUCGUGCGACGCUGCCUUUGUAUAGCCAUGCUUUGCGUGAACAACGCAAUAUCCGCUUGGUGUUCGAUUCGCCGGGGCACUCGGCUGGUCGAUCCAUGGUAAGGCAAUUUGCAUUUGUCCGCUCUUUGAACCCUUCCACUACGCAAGAUUGAGAACAACGAGAGCGCUAUCGUGGCCAGUGACCGAAAGUAUCGACAUCUACUAGCUGAAAUAAAAAGCAGGUACGAACGCAAAUGCUCUGCAGAGCUACUAAUGAUGCGACGGCAAUCUUCUUCCCUUUCCUGCAUUGAACUUUCGAUCCAUGGCACGAGAUGUACCGCACCUUAUGGCAGAAGGCAAAGUACUGUGAUAGCGUCGGGUCCGACCAUUCAUUGAGGCGCGAUGGUGUUGCGAUAGCAGUGUGUUUGGUAUGUUAUGGGUGAGAGUAGGACCAAAUUACUGAUGCCAAGCUUCGAACUGCGCCGAACCUCCGCGACCUCUACUGCGCUUGUACAAACCCAAGAUGCACGUCCACCCAUCCGAACAUUGGGGCGUGACUGCACCUCUCGGAUGAGCCUGUAAUCCGAGUGCAGGCUCAAAAGAAUGGAAAUGACAAAUACACCAGAUCCUGCGCAAGCUUGGUCUGUGACCCCGUCUGUAGAAGACUGGGGCUCAUCGUAUACUUGUCGCACUAGAACGCCUGCUGUGAACGGCCGUUGGUCACCGUAUUCGACCGCACCGACCCCGGCUCCACGAUGGUCCUCUCGGUCACUCUCAGUGCUUUCACAAGAGACUCACCCGCAACGGCUCAGUUUUGUGUCGUUCGAAGAUUGGGAUGGCGACGCAACAUACGACGAGGUACCUCCUUGUUGUCUACACUACUCCAUCGAGUGGAAAGUCAUGAUUAAAAAGAAGGCGAUCAUCACGGACACGGAACAAGACGUGGUACUCAGUCCUGCCGUGUACUGGGAGAAGUGCCUGCAACCGCGUCUGGAGGAACGACUGUCGAAGAAAGGAUACCCUCCCCGGAGUGUUCGAGUCGAAGAGACCGAGAUUAUCGUGUCCGUGACUGGGCGAACAGGGCGUCCGCUCACACGGCAGUUUGAAGAUUUCCGAAUUGAAUGGUCGGCUGUGGAGAGACAGCUAACUGAAUGGAGUGAGCUUUUUCAGAAGGGGAAGAAGCUCCUCGUGAAGAUUCGCAUUCGCUACGUAGAAGUUAACACAUCAAUUUCGACUAAUAGCGCAGCCGCUAAAACCACGAAAGCUAGGGGGACUGCUACCCAACACAUGCUGGCCGAACGUGCCGCUCAAAUUGACGCCGAGGAAGCCGCAACAGGUAACCCCUCCGCUUGGCGAUAUGUCUAUGCUUUGAUGCGUUGUCCGGGACCACCCUGUGUCAAGCAUUUCUGGUGUUGGCACGACACUCAAACUCAAAAAAGGUACACUUUAAAAGCGCACCAUCUACGAACUCUCGUCAGGUAUGUCGAGGAUGAAAAUUAUCUGGAAUCUCACGACGACAUCCCGGACAGCCUUCGACAACAAAUCUACGCGGAAGAAGAACAAUAUAUGCGGAGGAAGCGUGUUGAUCGUGGAUCUAUUUCUUUCGACAGGGCCCCAAUCCAAAUCACUAACAUUCUACCACCUCAAUCUUCGACGGAGUUAGAGAGUAUGCAGCGACCCGAACCCAAGCGUCUCGACAUCGCUGGCCUCCAUGAGGUUAAUGUACAAAAGUACUGCAGCUGGCUUAAGUCUCAAGUGCAAGAGGAAUCACGCAAAACAGAAUAUCAAAAAGCAGCUGACUUUCUUCUUAAAAAAUCCUUCGAUCUCGACUUAGUCUAUGAGGACCAGAAUCCUACUUUUCUUAUUGAGCAAGGAGGGGUAGAGGAAGGCAUCGCUCGGCGAUUUGUGAAGGACAUUCCUUUAUGGGUCAAACUUUGCAAGCAGAAUGACAUUGAAGCGGACAGCAUCUCGGAGUUCUAGCCUGGGUCUAUACAUCUUCGGUGAACAACCUAUUGGGAGGGGUUUUGACUUUUUCCUAUGUAUGUGGUGGUGUUGGGAAUCAUGGUUUAAUAGUUAUUUUCGGCCUGGAGCCGUAGCGAUUAUGAGAAAUUCUAGUGUUUAGAUCUUGGUUUACAGUACUAUACAGUUUUCAC